AUGGCCGACACGGACGAUUCGCACACCGGCUUCGAGGGGUUCGACCUCUGCGUCACUCCGGAGUUUGGUUCCCCCGUCUGUUCCCAUCCGUCAACUCCCCGCCAGGCCGGCUCUUCCGCCUCCCGCGCCUCUCUUCCCACGCCUCCGCCUCCACGGCUUGUCCCCUCUCGGGCCUUUCCUUCCGAGUGUUCGUAUCCCAGUGAAGACGCGUUUCACGCGUUCUUCUCUCCAAGCAGAACCAAGCGGGCUCCUCACCUCUCGGACUCUGAGGAUCUCUGGCCUUUCGCCUACGAUCCCUAUGCGAGUGACGAGGACGAAGACAGCCUGCGCAGCUCGGAAACGCGAUACGUGUACGGACCGUUUCUCUACCCUCCUUCCGCGCGAACGGUCGUCCCUGUCUCGCCCUCGGACGGGGACCGGGGGCGAGACAGGUCCGCAGGACCAGGUGCUUCUGCCUGGCGAAGAAGAGAACGAAAGCUCUCGAGCGGGGCGCACAGAAAAGAGAAGGGCGAGCACGGAGACCCAUCUAUUGCUCGAAAGAUGCGCCCCGCUUCUUCCUCUGGAAAUGACGCUCGUCCUUCGUCCUCCCCCUCGAAGUUUGGGGAGUCUGGGGAGAGGGAGGAGACAGCCGAGGCCGCUCCCGUGUCGGGCUCCACUGUCCGACCGCGGUCGCGGCCGGCCGGGGCCCCGCGCGAAAGGCGCAGAGACACUUCGGAGCGACGCGCGUCUCUGCCAAUCCUGUCUUCGGCGGCGAAUCAAGAGGAACUUCCUGUCUUUGGUCUGCGGAGAGCGGAUCGGCGAAAGGCGAUUCUAGGGCAGGUACGACCCGUGCCCAUCCGGGAUCCGCCCUUGCACGACGACUCGCUCACUCUCCCCUCGACCUGGAAAGAAAGCGCAUUUGUGUCGCCGCCGACGGAGGACGAAGUGCGGAGCCUCAAAAACUUCCCUGAAGAACUCGCGAGAAGACGCGCAGAAGACGGCGCGGUGUUCAGGCGCAAACGCCACCCCUUUCUUCUCCAGUAUGCGGAAGAGAAGGUGCGUCGCCUGAUUCGCCGCGUGCGCGAAGAGGUGAAGAAAUUGGGCGCUGCGGAGCCGCAAGCAGCAAACGACGAGGAAGACCCGUUCGGCAGCGAGUUCGCAGAAGAACUGAUGAAGCUGGUCCUCCAAGACAUCGACAAGAACCAAACCGCGUUAUCUUACCUCGAGGACGAGUACGAACUCGUCGAAGGAGACCAGUGGAAGUGGACCAUGCUGGAUCGAGAUCGGUGGACGCGGAGCAGCCUCUUAAGGAGGCUGAUGAAAGAAGGCAAGUCUGACUGGGAAGAGCGUCAGUACGCGGAAGACUACGAGAGAUUUCUACUCAAGGCGUUCUCCCCGCCGCGCCCGGACUGGGGCGGGACUGCGUACUACGAGUCCAUCACGUUGGACAAGGAAGACUACACGGCGUGUAUCGACGAGCUCCUGGAUCAGCAAGAGGUGGCGAGGAAGGCCAAACAGAAAAGGCUGGACGAAGAACGGAAACGCGUCGAGGUUGAACUGGAAAGACAGCGAAAGACGCGGGUGAACCACGAUCGGGUCAUCAAGUACCUCGAAGUGGCGGAUGGAAGACUUCCUCGUCUCUUCGAAGGAGUUGCGCGCACCAGGAGGAAGAAACAUCCGAAGAACUGCACCGUAUCCUCCGACCGCCUCAAGUCCUAUGCGGAAGGCAUCGAGAGUGUAACGCGUUGCCCAUUCUUGGUGGUUGACAUGGGUCGGGCCUUGUGUGAAGGCUGGCGACAUUGGGGUGGACGAGGAGCUCAAAUCAAACACAUGGAUCCUCCUAGAGGAAUACCUCCCGACAAAUACCGUUUGACAAAAGAAUCGCUAGCGAAUGCCAUGAAGAAGCUGCACGUUCCCGGCCAAGAUGACGACGCUCUCGAUCUCAUGGCAGCGAAACCGAAAAAGCGGGAGAGACAAGCGGAGCCUGAAAAGAUGCUUGGGGGGGGUCGCUAUGCUGUGUGA